AUAACAAAAACAAAACUAACUGAGCAAAAUGGCGUACUGUUAUGGAGUAUAGACGUACUAUGUAAUCGCUGUCAAACUAAACGUGUCCUAGCCAUACCCAUAGCCGAUAAUUUACUAAGCGCACGUGAUUCGUGAGCGGUAUCGAGCAUUAACCUCGGCUAAACGGAUCGAAUAGUGUUUUAAUUGGUAAGACUGAGGGAUCAAUUUUUAAAAACAAAUAUCUAUGGUUCUAAUAGUAAAUACUAACUAAUCUAUUGUCAUUGAAUAAAGAAAUGGUUUUGUCAUUUUAAUUAAAAACAAUAAUAAAUAAUUUAAACAUGAGUUAUGCAGAAAAACACAACAGCACGGAGGUGAUAAGUAAAGAAGAUUGGUUGAAUCGUUUGGAAGGAACUCAUAUUCAAAGGUCUGACAUGAAUAAGCUAAUUAUGAAUUAUUUAGUAACAGAGGGAUUUAAAGAAGCAGCUGAAAAAUUUCAACAAGAAUCUGGCGUAACUCCAACAGUCGAUUUAAAUACACUUGAUGACAGAAUUCGUAUUCGAGAUGCUGUACAAAGUGGUCGUGUUCAAGAAGCGAUGACUUUAGUCAAUCAGUUACACCCAGAACUUUUAGACAAUGAUCGAUAUUUAUAUUUUCAUUUACAACAACUACAAUUGAUUGAGUUAAUUCGAGAAGGGCGAGUAGAAGGAGCUCUCCAUUAUGCACAAUGGCAAUUAAGUGAAACUGGACAAUCACAACCUGGGGCACUUCAUGAACUAGAACGCACGUUAGCUUUAUUAGCAUUUGCUCAGCCAGAAAAUUCACCAUUUGCAGAUUUAUUAUCACCAGCACACAGACAAAAAGUUGCAAGUGAAUUAAAUGCUGCUAUACUGAAAAUUGAAAAUCAAGAUACAACUUCGCCAAAAUUAUCAACUUUAUUAAAAUUGAUUUUAUGGGCACAAGAUAAAUUGGAUCGAAAGAAGGUGAAAUAUCCACGUAUGUCCGAUUUGGGAUCUGCCACAAUUGAGAAUUCCAAAUAAAUUUUUUUUUAUAGUUAAUUGAUUGGUGGUUGGUGAUUACACAGACAAAUGAAUUUAUUGUAGUAUCACCUGUCUGUGUAAAUGUGAUUAUUUGAUUAUUAACAUUAUUAGUUAACUUAUAAUUUCUGAAUACUUUGUAUAUUUCCUUGUCAAUCUAUAUUUUGCUAAAUAAGUAAAAUUAUUCAUGUCAAAAUAAAUUUUUUUAAAUAA